ACGACAUCCUCAACAGUGAUGACAGUCUUCGCCCCUCGCGCAUGGCCCGCCCUGAAAAUCAACAAUGAACAGGGUCUGCACUGGGAGUGGUUCAUGACCCAACACGCCCUCGCCGAGCCCGCCCUGUUCUACGUACGCUUAUUGUUUGCCUCUGGCGACCUCGCGCGCAUGAACGCCAUUCCACCCAACACCACCGCAUGGCUCCGAUAUCAAGCCGUCAAAACGAUUAACGAAGCCCUGUCAGAACCCACCCGCGCCACCUCCGACGCCCUCAUCCUCGCCGUCGGCCGUAUCGCUCUACACGAAUGCCUCUACGGUAACCGAGAAACUUCCAAUCGAGUCCAUCGUCCUGCUCAGGCGCGCAUGAUCGCCAUGCGCGCCGGUAUAGAGGCUUUGAAUUUCCCUGAACUGGUUAAGCGCUUAAUGCGCUGGGCAGAUGAUAUCAUGGCGAGACAAGGCGGGACGGAGAGAUUGCUUGAGGUCGGUGAUGAGUCGCAGAAUUUCUCGCUGAAGGAGAGGAUAGAGGCGCUGGAAUCGUGGGUGCCGCCGGAACCCGAUGCUGAUCAGAGAAACGCGCAGUGCGCGUUGCCCUCAGCUGGAACAUUCAUCAAGACGGAAGGACACAGGGAUUGA